AUGAAAGAAGUUUCCUUUUUUUGCCAUAAGAUCCCAAAUAUUUUAAUAUCCUUCUGUGUAUUCAGUUUUAAUAAGUCUCAUCGCUUUUUUAGUCCAAACCUGAAGAAGAACCUCUUCAGGUUCAGGGUUCACAUUCCAAAAAUGAGCGUCUUUGGUAAAUAUGACACGGACUCCAAAAUACUGUUCAUUAACAUCAAAGGAAACGGACCAAUGUCAAUGAAUAUAUCCGAUUUUGUAUUCGAUUGUGCUAUGAAAGGCCACAAAGUACAGAAAGAGUCUCGAGAAUAUCUGGAGUUCGAUAAGAUGAAGUUCAACAUUCACAUAGGAAGUUCCAAAAUCGUUCUAGAAAAUUUGUUUAAUGGCGACCCAGUGUUAGGAAAGGCAACAAACGACGUUAUCAACGAAAAUAUUCAUUUAUUCUUGGACGAAAUUGUUCCUGCACUGCAAAAUGCUUUGGCUGAAAAGUUCACAGAUGUUGCAAAUAAAAUAACGUUGAGGUUUACCUACAGUGAAUUGUUUCCUUAAUUGUUUUUGUAUUAUUUCGUUUUAAUAAAUUAUUCACUUUUAUAGUA